AGGUUGCAGAUUCCGAUUUCGGUGUGAAUAAAUUGUACAGUACCGUAUAUUAAAAAUAAUGUUUAUGUUUUAAAUGCAUAUAUAAUUAUGCUUGAUUUUUUUGUUCAUAUCUCAACACUUCAGAAAGCUAUAUUGGCAUAAAAUAAAAUGUCGAACGUAACUGUGCAGUAUAUAUUACUCCGUAGUGAUUUAUUAAAAGAAUUUGGCUGGUCUAUUGGGGCUCUUGUCGCUCAAGCAUGCCACGCUUCUUCGGCAGUUAUGCACAUAUAUAAAGAUGAUGAACAUAUUAUACAAUAUUUGAAUGAUUUAGAUAAUAUGCACAAAGUUGUUUUAGAAGUGCCAAAUGAAGAGUCACUAAGAAAGGUAGCUGAAAAAUUAAAAGAAAACUCAAUAUUGCACAAAUUGUGGAUUGAGCAGCCUGAAAACAUCCCUACCUGUUUAGCUAUAAAGCCUUAUCCCAAGGAUGAAGUAAAAAAAUAUGUUGGCAAAUUUAAAUUAUAUAAGGACACAUUAUUAAAAUCCAGUUAAUUUCACAUGUCUUUAAAUACAUUGUAAGAGCAAGAUUCAUUGGUUAUCGAUUGAUCUGAUAGUUUUCAAAUAAAUCAUCAACGUCCAUCAUUGUUAUCUAAUUAAAUACACAGUAAUGAAUGAAGUAAUAAUAGAUACACAGUGCGCAUUUGUUUGUUCUACAUUUAAUAU